AUGAAACGAUCCCGCAGAUCCGAGAGCCAGCAUCUCGACACAAAAACAGACUCUGACGGCGAACAAAAAGUCACAGACCUAGCCAGCUUGAAAGCUCCCGUAUCUCCACCGCAACGACGGGCUUUGCCGGUUACAAAGCAAGCGUCGAAGAAUAUUGUACCACGACCGCAACAAGACUCAUCAAACACACUUGCGGCUAUCGAAGCAGGCCAAGUCCAAGUUACUGACCACCUUGGCGUCAUCUCCGAAAAACUCAAGGAGUGUAUUCGCCCUUCAGGACUUCAGUCAACUCCUCGCCUUCCCAUGCAUGCAUGGUCAGACCUGUACCAUCGAAACACCCAUCCGGAAGGGCGUCAUUUUGUGAUUCACCAACAUGAUCACCCCAUCGCUGGUCCGCACUAUGAUUUGCGUUUACAGUUUUCAGAAACCAGCUCUGUGAGUUGGUCCAUCAUGUAUGGAUUGCCUGGAAACCCGAAUAGCGAGAGAUUGAAUCGGAAUGCAACUGAAACUCGCGUUCACUGUUUAUGGAACCAUCUCAUUGAAACCGCAUCUGAUAAAACGGGUAGCCUGAUUAUUUGGGAUACUGGUGAAUACGAAAUUCUACCGUAUCGACGAGAGAACUCUCUGCCGGCAACCGAUGAUUCGCAAUCGGGUGAGUCAGAUGUCUCUGCCGCGCCGGAAGAACAGGUUGCAGAGAGUCUGAAGCUGCACGAGGCUUUCAAGAAUCGCAAAAUCCGAAUCCGCCUACACGGCACACGUCUUCCAAAAAACUACACACUCCUCCUUCGCAUGGACAAAAAGACCGAUUAUACGCGUCCCAUCCGCCACGGCCCCAAACGCCGCAGACGCGGUGCGGAACCCAAACGUGCACCUCGAGCACCAUCGACGUCGGAUUCGGCUUCAGACUCACCUCCAUCUCCUGACCAGCACCCGCCUCGGGGAUCUUCAACGCCCCAUGAAACUACAGCAUCCAGCACAUUUAACCCAGAUAAGGGAAGCCACUCCGACGAUGAUGUCGACGUCACUAUCCAGAAAAACAAUGCCUACCCCGGGUCAUUCAACACAAUCGGCUCCAUCCACCAGCGACGCUGGUACCUCAGUCUGGAUCGAGAAAAUUCCGGUUUUGAGCACGUGGCACAUUUCAGUAACCGCAAGAAAAAGAAAUGGGUGCGGAAUUCGGGGCGGCAAGGAUUCCUCGGCUUCGAUCCCUUCUACGUGCGCGGGCCGGACGUCGAACGCAGUGUCGUGACUGGUCGUCUUGGAAGCGAUGUCAUUUCUGACGAGUGUGUGCAGGGGUUUCGGCCUAGGAAUGGGUGGAGACCUGUCCUUAAUUAG